GCGGUGCAGAGCUUGUCCGGGCGUUUCCUGCAUCCCUAGCAGCGGUGGGCUGAUGGUAUGGCCCUGCCGAGUCACGCGCCUCGGGCUCAGCGCUGGUUGCGGGAGGCCUCUUCACCAAGUCACCAUGAAUGCCAUCGUUGCCCUCUGUCACUUCUGUGAGCUCCAUGGCCCCCGCACUCUAUUCUGCACAGAGGUUCUUCACGCACCCCUGCCCCAGGGUGCUGGGAGUGGGGACAGCCCUGGCCAGGGCGAGCAGGCUGAGGAGGAGGAAGGUGGCAUCCAGAUGAGCAGUCGGGUCCGUGCCCACAGCCCAGCGGAAGGAGCCAGUGCUGAGUCUAGCAGCCCAGGGCCCAAAAAGUCAGACAUGUGCGAGGGCUGCCGGUCACUUGCUGCAGGUCACCCAGGCUAUAUCAGCCAUGAUAAAGAGACCUCAAUUAAGUACGUCAGUCACCAGCACCCCAACCACCCACAGCUCUUCAGCAUUGUCCGCCAGGCCUGUGUCCGGAGCCUGAGCUGCGAGGUGUGCCCUGGCCGAGAAGGGCCCAUCUUUUUUGGGGAUGAGCAGCAUGGUUUUGUGUUCAGCCACACUUUCUUCAUCAAAGACAGCCUGGCCAGGGGCUUCCAGCGCUGGUACAGCAUCAUUGCCAUCAUGAUGGACCGCAUUUACCUCAUCAACUCCUGGCCCUUCCUGCUUGGGAAGAUCCGAGGGAUCAUUGAUGAGCUCCAGGGCAAGGCCCUCAAGGUAUUCGAGGCAGAGCAGUUUGGAUGCCCUCAGCGUGCUCAGAGGAUGAACACGGCAUUCACACCCUUCCUGCACCAGAGGAAUGGCAAUGCAGCCCGUUCGCUCACCUCCUUGACCAGCGAUGAUAACUUAUGGGCCUGUCUGCAUACCUCCUUUGCCUGGCUCUUGAAAGCGUGCGGCAGCCGACUGACUGAAAAGCUCCUCGAGGGUGCGCCAACAGAGGACACGUUGGUGCAGAUGGAGAAGCUGGCUGAUUUAGAAGAAGAAUCAGAAAGCUGGGACAACUCUGAGGCUGAAGAAGAGGAAAAGGCCCCUGCAUUGUCAGAGAGUACAGAAGGGAGGGAGCUGACCAAAUGUCUGACGGAUUCGUCCUUACUGUCAGACUGCGGAAGCUGGCAGCCCCGGAAACUAUCAGUGUUCAAAUCCCUUCGGCACAUGAGACAGGUCCUGGGGGUCCCAUCGUUCCGCAUGUUGGCGUGGCAUGUUCUGAUGGGGAACCAGGUGAUCUGGAAAAGCAGAGAUGUGGACCUGGUCCAGUCAGCAUUUGAAGUUCUUAGGACCAUGCUGCCUGUAGGCUGUGUCCGCAUCAUCCCAUACAGCAGCCAGUAUGAGGAGGCCUACCGGUGCAACUUCUUGGGGCUCAGCCCACACGUGCAGAUCCCUGCCCACGUGCUAUCCUCAGAGUUUGCAGUUGUCGUGGAGGUCCACACAGCUGUGCGCUCCCCCCUCCAUGCAGUCGGGUGCGAGGAUGACCAGUCUCUCAGCAAAUACGAGUUUACGGUGACCAGUGGGAGCCCAGUAGCUGCGGACCGAGUUGGCCCCACCAUCCUGAAUAAGAUUGAAGCAGCCUUGACCAACCAGAACCUGUCUGUGGACGUGGUGGACCAGUGCCUCGUCUGCCUCAAGGAGGAGUGGAUGAACAAAGUGAAAGUCCUCUUUAAAUUCACCAAGGUGGACAGUCGGCCCAAGGAGGACACGCAGAAGCUCUUGAGCGUCCUCGGUGCAUCCGAGGAGGACAAUGUCAAGCUGUUGAAAUUCUGGAUGACAGGCCUAAGCAAGACCUACAAGUCACACCUCAUGUCCACAGUCCGCAGCCCCGUUGCCUCUGAGUCUCGUAACUGACCCCAUCUGAUCUUGUCUCCGUGUGCACUUCUGGGCAAAGUGUGGCAGUGUACUCGCCAUCUUCCAGUUCCAUGAGACAAGGGACCACUGCUGGGUCUCUGGACUGCAGGUGGACAGCUGGGUCCUGGUAUGGGACGGAAAUUGGUGGAUUGGGCUCUGCCCUGUGGGGCAAAGGGCCUGUGUAGUUCUUAGCACAUUGCAUAGCUGUCAGCCUCCUUCCUGAGGAAGGCUGUGGAGACCGUGGACAACUCUGUGACAAGAGACUCAGGAGCAUGUGGCUUUUGUGCCUCAGGAAUGCCAUCCCAGAAUUAACUGGAGGACUCAGGUGUUUGGGCUGCACUAACCUGUCCUCUUGGGGAUCAGCCUCUGAACAUUUUCAUUUUGAAAUGGAGCAAGUUUCCUGGGCUUUAUGUUUAAAUAUAUGUUUUACUGUGUUUGUAAAUAUUGAGGACAUACUCCAUCCAGUCCAUUUUGGUCAUCUGCUUUUAGGUUAGGGCCCUGAAAAGGCUUUGGGAGGUCAAGUGGCCGUUCUCAUCACUGGGUCCUCCGAGGCAGCAUGGCUAUCCUGUGGGUGCAUUCCCCUCGUGCUGCCGUGGAGUUAACCUGUGGCUCUACCCAAAGAUGUACCUUUGCUGAGGCAGCUGCGGACCCGAUUUGAGCAGCAGCACAUUGUAGAUGGUGAAACCCACUGCUGCUUCGUGCUGAGUCACUUUCGCCUGUAUUGUGGUGUUCAGCGUUUACAUGUGGCGGCAGAUGACAUCAUCCUGUUGUACAGUUUGGACGGAAUCAUGGCUUAGAAGGCUUUUUGGCAGUUUUUCCAGUUUGUUUAGGUUUUUUUGUGUUCAUUUAAUUUAUAUUUAACACAGAGACUUAAGUUGUAUUAUAACUAAGUCUUUGUAUAAUACAAAUGAAUUGAAACUUAAUAAAUCUAUUUUUGUAACCUG